AUGCAUUGCUUCAGUCCGAUAUCUGCGAUAACUGAAUUCGAAUCGAGGAAGUCGCCAUGGCGAUCGAUAUGGCUUUGCAAUGCGCUUCAACUUCUGGAUGGAAUUCAAUUCUCCAUUUUCUUCUCUUCCAUGUUACCCUAUCUGCGAGCACUUGAUCCAACUGCACCUUUGGCUUUUUACGGGUGGAUAGUGGCAGUAUUUCCACUCGGCCAAACGAUCGCAUCGUUCUUGUUCGGCAUUUGGAAUCAAAAAACGAAAUCUGCAAAGUGGCCUGUCGCAAUUGGUAUUACAUUGAUGGGAAUAGGUAAUUGCAUAUAUGGAACUUUGCCGUUAUAUCAGUGUGAUUACAAAUGGAUCAUGCUGAUGGCACGAUUCAUCGUUGGCUUUGGAGCAGGUAACCUGAGUGUGCUACGUACUUAUGUUGCAUGUGCAUCAACACCAAGAGAUAAAAUGAAGGCACUGUCGUUGGGUAUUGGAAUGUACAAUUUUGGUUUCUGUAUCGGACCCGCUGUUAUGCUGGUCUUCACUCCGCUCGGAAAGGAUGGAUUUCGGUUGGGUUGGUUUCCAGUGACAAUGUACAAUUCGCCAGCCUUUGCGAUGGUCAUUGUCUCUAUCAUAUCACUUUUAGUUCUGUUCACUUGCUUUCAAGAAGAAUAUGCUGGAAUCAUUAAUAAUGAUCAAAAGAACGAAAAUACCAUCUCAAAAGAUCUAGCUUCAGAUCAAACCUCAUCUGUCGUCGUACCGAAGUUCAAUAAGUUGGCUGCGAUUAUCUGCAUCGCUGUUUGAGAUAGAAGAAUACUGCUUGGAUUCGGAAUAAUUAUAUUCAUGUUCUAUCAUCUCCUCAUCAUUCCUUGGCCUUUCUAUAGCGGACCAUUGGACUACAUGCCACUAGUCGGUAAUUCAACCGAUGCGAGUCGUUUUGGUGGUUGUCUUCGAGCUUACGAAUGGUGUGCGCACACAACGCGGGUCCCUCUAUCUUUGUAUAUAUUUUCAAAUGUGGUUCUUGCCGGAGUCGCGUUUCCACUGGUUGGCACCCCAUGCGGCGCGCUUUUCGCUGAAAUACUCGGUCCCAGGAAUCAGGGUUUUAUGCAAGGUUCGUUCGCUUUCUUCGGUAGCAUUGGGCGAUUCGCUGCACCGGUCGUUUCAACAUACCUAUUCGAAAGCGGUGGUUAUUUGACUCCAACGGUAGUGAUAGUGGCAUUUUUGAUCGUCACACUAGCUACUGUGACCGUUUUUCGCCGUAAACUCGUUCCGUUACGCUUAAUUCCUCCGAUUGGUAUCGCGACACCCUACAAGACUGGAUUCUUCUAUCGACUCUAA